AUGAUAAAUUCACUUAUUCUGUGGCUUGCACUUGCUUCAAGCCAAUUUAUCAAUGUUCCUAUUCUUUACAGCCGAUUCACCCCAAGCAAGUUUAAAGAAUUCAUUCUAUCCUCUUAUAAUUGCCCAAACCUUAAUUUUCCCAAAUGCAAUUCCAAUUAUGAUAUUUUUUAUAUUCCCAUUGAAAUAGAGCAGGCACAAGAUAUUGAAAAUCUUGGAUCAUCUAUAGACUUUGAACUUCUCUACGAUUGCACUUUUUCAUUAAGCAUCACUGCACAAUUAAACAGAUAUGCUAUUAUCGGAGGAUUUAUCCAGCUUGUAUAUGGCUAUGAUCCGAAGAGUGGGUGAGGUUAAUUAAAGUACACUGUACUUUUUUAAACCCCCCUCCGAAAACCUACAAAAAUGACUGUGUACUUUAAAAAUGGUCGUUUAGUGUGAAAAAAGUACAAACGGUACUUUUCGAUUUUUUAAAAACAGGGGGGUGAAAAAGUAAACGGUGAAAAAAAACAGCCAAAACAGAGGAAAAAAGUACAUAUAAAAAUCAAUAUUCUAUCAAGACUAAGUAAAUUUAAGCAAAGAAAGGCCAAGGUUAAAUUGCAUAAUAAGCAGAUUAUAUUGCAUUAUAAUAAAUACUAAACAAUAUUGCUGGAAAGAAUGCAAGAGCUGCAUGAUAAACAAUAAAAAAAUAUUUGGCUCUCAAAAUAAGAGGAAAAAAGUACGCUGCAAAAUAUAAAAUGAUUAAAGUGACGUAGAAUAAUCUAAUAUAAAAGACUAAUAAUAAACACAGGAAAUUCCCUUAGAAAGGUCAACUUAAUUUGUUAAAUAAAAGACCAAAAGUUACAAAGAAAUAUAAGAAAAGUGAUUAUGGAGAAAAUUUUAAAAAAUGGAUGAAAAAAGUACAUGUUUUUUUCAUAUGUGCAAAAAGAGUGAAAAAAGUACUCAUAAAAUUUUAACAGUGCAAAUUUUAGAUGAAAAAAAGUACAAAGGGAAAAAAAAAACAGAGGAAAAAAGUACAUUGACUUUUUAUAUGAAAAUACUAAUUUUUUAAAUAUGUUUACCUUAAAAUGAGAAGAACGCAUCGAUUUAAUUUUGCUGCAUAUAUUAAUUCUCACUCCACCCCCUUUAAAUUGGAACAAAAAAUGUUUUUUUGUUAGAAAAAAAUAUCACUCAACUUAACUUAAACAGACGGGCUCGUGCCUUUAAUUUUAACGCAAUCACAAUGAUCCCUUUUGGGAUUCAUCCGCUUUGCGACAUCACUCCCACAUAAAGCGGGAGUACUGAUGCCUCCUCCUUGUCUCUUGUAAAAGACUCCAGUGUUGAGUGGGCAGACUACGGGUUUGUGAUGCCUCCUGAGGCUGAGGGAAUACAAGUUGGCAUUCCUAAAUUCCAAAAAAUGGAAUUUUCUGGUAGCCUGUCGGCAAAAGGGUAAAGUCCAGAUCCUGGAACGUAACGCCCAGUCUCACGCUAGGCAGUUGCCCAAUUGUCUAGCUAUUACUGUAGACUCUGAUGGGCUUGCCCUUUCCAAAUCUUAACCCUCCUUUCCUUAGAGGUAAAAAACCAGUCUCGAAUUUGGACUUGGGCUAGGUUCUAUGCUCCUGCAGAAUUAGUUGCUAGCAUUGCUGUCCAUUUCAAGGCUAGAAAAACCUUGUCGGAUAUAAUUAAAAUAUGAGUCGAAGGCUAUAUGGCCGUGAGGCCAGACCUAAACGAAGACGCCAUAUUUUAACUAUCUAGAAAAAAAUAUCAAUAUAAAAUUUUUUAUAAAAACAAAAUUUCAAAAAUUUAUCGAAAUAGAUUAAUAAAUUUGUUUAAUAAAAAUGCUAUUUACUCUUUUUCCUUUAAAACAAAGCAAUAUAUAACUAAAUUUGCAUUAUUAGUUAAUACGCCACUAUUAAUUGGCAUCAAAAUUAUUAUUUUUAUUAAUAAAAAAAAAAUUAAAAAAAUAUUUUAGAAAAUUUAUCGAUCAAAGUGCUAAUUUUGUUUAUAUAAGAUGCUAUUUAUACUCUAUACUUUUAAAAUAAAGCAAGAAAUAAGUAAAUUUUUAUAUUUUAUAAAGAAUUCCUAUUGAAUUUAUAUCAAAACUAUUUAAAUAAAAAAUUUAGCAAUUAAGGAUAAUAAAUUUAUUUAAAUAAGAUGCUCUUUAUACUCUCUUCUUUAAACAAGAGCAAGAUAUAACUAAAUUUUUAUUUUAGUUAAGAAGAAGCAUUUAACUUAUAUCAAAACUUUUUUAGAUAAAAAGUAUAUAUAAUUUUUUAUUAUAAAAUUAAAUUUUGUUCCAAUUGAAGGAGCUAAUUUAUCAAAAAAGGGGGAAAUUUUACAUAUAUUUGCUCCAAUUUAAAGGGGGUGGAGUGAGAAUUAAUAUAUGCAGCAAAAUUAAAUUGAUGCGUUCUUCUCAUUUUUAAGGUAAACAUAUUUAAAAAAUUAGUAUUUUCAUAUAAAAAGUCAAUGUACUUUUUUCCUCUGUUUUUUUUUCCCUUUGUACUUUUUUCAUCUAAAAUUUGCACUGUUAAAAAUUUUAUGAGUACUUUUUUCACUCUUUUUGCACAUAUGAAAAAAACAUGUACUUUUUUCAUCCAUUUUUUAAAAUUUUCUCCAUAAUCACUUUUCUCAUAUUUCUUUGUAACUUUUGGUCUUUUAUUUAACAAAUUAAGUUGACCUUUCUAAGAGAAUUUCCUGUGUUUAUUAUUAGUCUUUUAUAUUAGAUUAUUCUACGUCACUUUAAUCAUUUUAUAUUUUGCAGCGUACUUUUUUCCCUCUUAUUUUGAGAGCCAAAUAUUUUUUAUUGUUUAUCAUGCAGCUCUUGCAUUCUUUCCAGCAAUAUUGUUUAGCAUUUAUUAUAAUGCAAUAUAAUCUGCUUAUUAUGCAAUUUAACCUUGGCCUUUCUUUGCUUAAAUUUACUUAGUCUUGAUAGAAUAUUGAUUUUUAUAUGUACUUUUUUUCCUCUGUUUUGGCUGUUUUUUUUCACCGUUUACUUUUUUCACCCCCCCUGUUUUUAAAAAAUCGAAAAGUACCCGUUUGUACUUUUUUCACACUAAACGACCAUUUUUAAAGUACACAGUCAUUUUUGUAGGUUUUCGGAGGGGGUUUAAAAAAGUACAGUGUACUUUAAUUAACCUCACCCCCGAAGAGUCUUAGAGACAAUAUAUAUUUUUCUGCGUACUCAUUUUCACAAUUUAGAGACUCUAUAGUAUCUUUAAUUAAAUACUUUGACUGAAAAAGAGCAACUGCUAUUUACAGCCCUGAAUUAAUAUCAUAUGAUUUUCAAAGCAAUGCAGAUGUCGAUAUUGCUUUUCAAACUACGAUUCCUAAUUCCACCCCAGAAAUAAAAUGGUAACGCUGACGGAAAUUGGACUUCGAGGCACACUUCUAUGGAGCAGGUCAGGUCAGAAUCAUCCCAUAAAAGCUGAAAAUAGGACUAUCUCCCUUUUCGAAAUAGAUAUUCAGGCCUGGAAAUGCCUUACCCAAGAGGGGAAUAUUUUGCUUGACCCGAAGGCUUUCCUGUCACUGUAGGAUUGACGAGACAGUUUUUCCUACCACAUGGUCUUCCCUGUCGCGACCAUUGAGACUCUACAGAUUGUGGCUCUGCCCUAUCGAGCUAAUCCUUGGACGGAUGAUUCAGGUUGGAAUUCACAAUGACAGUCUUCCAUUUUCCUCAUUUGAAUUCUAAGAGUUAUGGAGGCUUCUAUACUUGAAGCUGAGACAAAGCAAUGGCUAGUGGGCUUGCACGCUUGUGGCCAGUUUAAUCUUGAAUUUAUUUAAAUUCCACCCCUUUACGAAACAAUAUAUCUUAUUAUAUCUAAACAAGUUAAGCCUUUAGGAGUUAGAGUUAUUAUCAUCGCAACUAACUGUGAGACUACUCUCCUAAUACAGAGAGCCAUUGUUGAGGCUGAUAUGCAUACAAAAGGUUAUGCCUUCAUUUUUCUCCAUCAAAGCGCUUGAACUGCUUAUUUGGAUGGAUCAAUUCUAAUUAGUGAGCUUAAUAAUUACAUCGCUCAUAGCAUGGAAGAUCAUGCAGGCCGUCUUGUGAAUAUGGUGUAGAUCCAAUAAUCGUUCACUUUUGAUAGUGACAUUUCCUCGGCGGAAUUUAGCAGAAUUUUUCGGUAUUUUUAAAAAAUUUUGCCUAAAAUUUCAUGAUCAAUAAUAUGAGCCUGUGAGUAUAGCUACCUCGUUUUUUCUAAUGAUGGCAAAUAUUGAUAGGACUCAAGGGGUAUAUUCAGGAUACACCUUUAAUAAUUAUGAAAAAAGAAACAUUAUUUGGACAACUAUGCUGUGAGUGUUCAAUAUUAAAAAUAAUCAAACAAAUCUUGUUGGAUCAGUGAUUGAUAAUAAAAUUGAUAUUUGAGCUGAUGUCACUUUCCCUGGGGAUUCAUCAGCAAUCCCUGACAAUUCUAGAAUAAAGCUCCCAAUGAGUUUUGAGGGAGGGAUUUCUAAUCCUGAUGGUUCUUUAUAUUUUGAAAAUGCUUUAUCGCAGUUUGGAUCUGUUUUCGCAGUAAAUGAAAUUAACACGGAGUCAAAUAUUUUGAGUAAUUUUGAGAUAUCAGCAUUUAAUAUUUCAGACUGUGGGGCUUCUUUCUUUGAUUAUGAUUACGCCUAUAAUUGUUUUAAAGCACAUUCUUAUGAUAUAGGCUAUUUUCACAUUGCCCCAGCUACUUCAGAAAUGGCCCAAGGGACAUUCUGAGUAUUCAAAGACCUAAAUAUUUCGACUCCAAUUUUAGGAGUUCAAUCCUCUUCCGCCCUAAGUGAUAUUGUCUACUACCCUCAAUAUUUCAGGCUCACGUAUCCUAGCAUAUACAAUGGUGCCACAGUUGCUUUAUUUCUCAGCUUUCUUGGGAUUUCUAAAUGCUCGUUCUUGCAUUCAAAUAGCUCAUGGACUAUAGACUUCAAAAAACAGUUUAUCAUGCAUGCAAAAUACUAUAAUAUUGAAAUCCUGAAUCACAAGCAAAUUAUCCCUAUUGGAUAUGAUGGAACUGGCUUAGAAAUAGUCAAAGAAAUCGUCCAAUUGCAAACCAGAUUUGUGGUUCUCGAAGUGGCAGAGCCAGAACUCUACUCUGUCAUUGAGAACUUUUAUGACUUAGGUAUGAGAAAAGGAGACAUCUAUAGGGGUUUUCUCUAUAUGGCCCGAUAAAAGCUGUAAAAUCCCUCUGUUGGUCAAACCAGCAGAGGGAUUCCACGGAUAACCCACAGCCCUUAUCGGGCUAUAUAGGGAAAACACCUAUACCUCAUUAUUGGAGACAUUUCGCUAAACAGCUCAGAGCUAGACCCAAAAUUUAUAAACAAAGAUUUAUACCAAAAGCGCAGCGAAAUCAUGGAAGGUUUGGUCCAUGUUACAUUUUUGUCAUAUUACAAAGAAUUUGGAAAAAAAAUAAGAGAGAAAUUUAUGGCUGCUCAUGGCUAUGCAGAUGAUUAUAUGUGCUUAUUCUAUGAUGCAGUCUAUUUAGGAGCUUAUACUUUUGAUCAAAUGAUAACAAAUGGAAUCAGUUUGAAUACACAAACGAUUGAAGAAUGGGCCAGAAAAGUCAAAUUUACUGGAUGCUCAGGGAAUAUCAAGGUUGCUUCUUAUGGAAAUGACGCUUCAACUAUCGCAGUUGGGGUUUAUAAUUUAAUUCAAAAGGAAAAUAAGUGAGAAACGGUAUUAUGUGGGAUCUAUACUCCAAGCUUACUCUUAUCGCUCUUAUUUUUUCAGAUUUUGAAAAAUCCAAAUUUUGAGAAAAUUAUAAAAUUUAUGCUUAUGGAUGUAAGCUGAGUAAAUUUUUAAUAGAUUUAACUAGAUAUCUUUUUAUUCAGUUAUUAAUAAAAUAUACCUAAUUGCAAUUAAUAAAAAUCAUUCUUACUGCUUAGCCGUUAUCGUAUUUAUAUUUAAAAAUAUUAUAACGUUAGAAGUAGGUAUAUUUAAAUAAAAUAAUUUUUGCUUACUCUUAAUGGGAGGGCUACCAGUUCUUUAUCAAACUUUAGAAAGCUUAUCAUGGCUAGUAGAUGGCAAGAUCCCAAGUGACAUGAUUAGAACUGGCUGAUCUUGCCCCUUUAAAGCAAGUGAAACCCAAUCUUUUAUAUAUGGUUAUUUAAUAAUGCUAUUUAUAGCUAUCAUUCCUUUUGGCAUUACCAUAUAUUAUUUAUAUAAAAAUUAUGAGUCGAUCUUAUCAAAGCAAUUCCCAAUGCUUGAAGCUAAAGAAAAAGAGAACUGGCUUGACAUUUUAUCCGAUACCCUCAUUGCAGUAGAAUCUCUGCAAUAUAUGGCUUUAGGCCCUGGUUUCUCUGAAAUUUUGCCUCAGGUUUCACAGUUAGCCAAGCUAGCAAUUCUUGAUUUUAGAGACUGAGAUUGGAAUAUUUGGGAAGAAAUUGAAAUGGCAGCUGCUUUAUCAUUUGUUUGAUUCUUUUUGAGCUUGCAAAGGAUAUUUAGCGUAGGCAGUGAUUCCAAAAUUAUAUCAGCAACAAUAUCAAGUGAAAUCUGAAAGUGCUUAUUUCCUAUUAUAGGAGAAUUUUUAUUUACUCCCAUCACUCUAUUUUUAUUCCUGACAUUUCAGUGUACAGAUAGCACUGAAGACAGCUUUAAAGAGAGCUUUCACAGUCAGGACUGCUAUGUAUUUUGUUGGCAAGAUAAGCAUGUAUACUAUGUAGCAAUUUCGUCAGUUGCCCUCUUUGUUUAUUUGCCAUGUUUUCUAUACUAUAGGCUUAUAUGAGAUGAUGAGACAGUCUACUCAACUUUUCACUUUUGGCAGCAGCCUAUUCAUGCAUUUUAUAAGACUAUUUUUCAAAUUCUGCUGAUCUCACUUAAAACGAUUGUUUAUCAGUCCUCAGAGGAGAUUUUUCAUGUCAGCUGUAUAAACUUCAUAGCUAUUUUUAUUUUCGUUUCCUUAUUUUCACAGUCCUAUAACUAUCAAAGAGCAUCACUGUGGUUUAUUGCUUUUUUAUUUUCUUGUAUCUGGCUUUGAAUUUGCUGUGGUUUUGCUAACUGCCUCUUUUAGCAGGCAGAUUUUUGGCAAUAUGUGUUUUCACGGGGCUUUUUUCUGAGAGCUUUUCCUUGGCAUUUUUUGAUCGGAAAAUUAAUAACUGGGAUUUAAAGAGAAAAUUUUUGAUGAUGAAAAUGGAAAAGAGAAAAAUUCAAGACCAAAAGCCAUGCUGCAGAUUUUUUCUGUCAAUGAGUGGUUUCAUUAAAAAAAUUUCUUAUUAAUAUAUAAAAUUUAUUUUCGAGAAUGUAAAUUAUUUCAAGCUAAUAGAAUAAGCUGAGGAUUGUAUCAAUCUCAAAAUGAUUUUUACUUAACUUAAUUAUGAGCUUACACUGCGCGUUCUGCUCAAACAGGGGAAGUAAUAUAAAUAAUCUAUUGGCGCAAUAUCUGAUUGGAAUCGGAUGGAUUACGAUUUGGGUUAUAGGGAUUAUAUAUCAGGCAAAAUAUUUACCAUCAUUUUUAGAAAGCAGUAUAAAAGGAGACUAUAUAACAAAGCUAUUCAGAUUUCAACUUUCAGUAAAAUCACCAUUAGAGGCAGGCAUAGAGGCCUCACUCCCCCUUCAAAUUAGAGAAAAAAAAUUCUACCCCAAUUUAAUUGGGGUUAAAUAUUUAAAUUUUUUUUUAAAAUUUUUUUUAAAAUAUUUUUAAAAAUUUUAAAAUCUGAAUCUGAAAAAAAAAUAUAAAUUGUUGAAUUUUAAUUUAUUUUUAUAAAGAAAUAAUUGAAAAAAUUAAUUGAUUCAGUGCGGACAUUAUUUAAAUACCAUACGACUUCACUUUUUCAAUAAAUUAGGUCGAAAUUAGUUUUAUAACACAAUUUCAUCUUUUUCAAAUAAAUUUUUAUAGUUUUUAAGAAAUAUAAAAUGAGCAAUUAAAUAAAAAAUUAGCCGAUCAGUGUGAAAACUGUUUAAAUAGCAUUCUGCUUGCUGUUAGUCCAUUAAAUUAGUUCAAAAAUAUUUUUAUAAAAGUUAUUACUUUCAUCAAUAAACUUUUCCUAUUGAAAACAGUGUUUUUUCCAAAUUUCAAUGUCCAAUUUAAAGUGGGAGAGUCAGCAAAAUAUAGCUGCAUUGAGAAUUCGUCAAACGUCGACGUAAGUAGCUCGCUUAUUUCAGCAAGAUAA